AUCCAUUCUCCCCCACACCACCACCAUCAUGUCUCAAUCACCCAAGGAACAGCUGGAGAAGCUCCAGGCCAUGCUGCAGAGGACCGGCGGCCGUGGAGGUUUCGGUAUGGGCCGCAUGCCUACCGGGGGAGGUCCCGGAGGUGGUGUGGUUGCCGCCCUCGUCGCCGUCGGUCUCGCAGGAUAUGCCCUGUCGAACUCAUUCUUUAACGUUGAUGGUGGUCACCGUGCCAUUAAGUACUCUAGGAUCGGUGGUGUGAAGAAGGAUAUCUACAGCGAAGGAACCCACAUCAACAUCCCUUGGAUCGAGACGCCGGUUGUCUACGACGUGCGCGCGAAGCCGCGGAACAUCGCUUCUUUGACGGGUACCAAGGAUUUGCAGAUGGUGAACAUUACCUGCCGUGUUCUGUCGAAGCCCCGAGUGGAUGCCCUUCCGCAAAUCUACCGUACCCUCGGUAAAGACUUCGAUGAGCGUGUGCUUCCGUCGAUUGUGAACGAAGUCCUGAAGAGUGUGGUGGCUCAGUUCAACGCCAGCCAGCUGAUCACCCAGCGUGAGAACGUCGCCAGACUGGUGCGGGAUAAUCUUGCUCGCCGAGCAGCUCGGUUCAACAUCGCCCUUGACGAUGUGUCGCUUACGCAUCUGACCUUCUCCCCCGAAUUCACUGCCGCUGUCGAAGCCAAGCAGGUUGCUCAGCAGGAAGCCCAACGGGCGGCUUUCCUGGUCGACAAGGCCCGCCAAGAGAAGCAGGCUUUCAUUGUCCGCGCCCAGGGUGAGGCCCGCUCCGCCGAGCUGAUUGGAGACGCGAUCAAGAAGAGCAAGAGUUACAUCGAACUUCGGAAGAUUGAGAACGCGCGCCACAUUGCCCAGAUUCUGCAGGAGAGCGGCGGCAAGAACAAGCUGUACCUGGACUCCCAGGGCUUGGGCUUGAACGUCAACGUGAACGCCGAGGAGAAAUAAGCAUAAUCCCCUUCGCAUGAGAAAAGGAGUUUAUUAGGAGAGAGCGGCAGCGGACUCAAAGCUGGCAGCAGCUUCUCUUUACUUUGGUCUUUGUUAAUGGAAAUGUAAUGGUGCUCAUUCUUGCCGACGAUGCUCUGGAAUGCGCGACCCUCCGAGGGGUAGGAUAGGGUAUCUGUACAAAUAGUUGUCUUAGGUUUCACCGAAUUGCCAGGCGAAAUGUUUCUCUUCUCUU